AUGAGCGUCAUCAGCCCCAUCCUGGCGCUCCCCGCGCCUCUGGCAACGGGUAUCUCCCCCCAGUUGGCCCAGACGCUGGCGUUUGGGGUGACGGGAGCCUACGUUGGUGGCCUAUAUGUCGCGCAGCACUUCUUUGGCACCAAGACCGCCGCGCCCAACGAGCCGGCCUACCCUCCACCAGGACACCGUAACCACCCAGCGACGAUGCGCCUGCGCAUGAAGGCGGUCAUUAGUACGACGCGCCUGUGUAUGGCUGGUGUAUUCUGGACCGUUAAGAGGACUGGCAACUUGGAGUUUAAAGGCGCCCUCAAGGCUACAAUCCGCCUUUUGGGUCUUAGCACAGCAGCGAUCCGCAACCCUCUGGCCUACCUCCUCGCACCUUUGCUCUUUAUCGGACCCCUGUACUCCUCAUUCCUCGACGGAACACUGCCCGGCCAGCAUAAUGCCGAACCGCUCGAGUUUGGUCUGACUGAGCAGCGCAACUAUGUCAUUGGCCCGUUGACCGAGGAGCUCUCAUUCCGCUCCUGCAUCAUCGCCGUUUCGCUUCUUGGCCACCUGUCCCCCAAGUGGAUCGUCUUUGGGACGCCCCUGUGGUUCGGCCUUGGUGAGUCUUUCUCAUGUGUCCAGCUAGCUAACGACCAGCCCACGUUCACCAUGCUGUUGAGGUGUUCCGUCAGCUUGGCAGCACCCGCCGCGCCGCCAUCUCAGCAACUGCCAGUGCCGCUGGGCUACACCAGCCUCUUUGGCUGGUACGCAUCAUAUCUCUACCUCCGUACUGGCUCCGUUGUUCCGUCCAUGGCUGCCCACAUCUUCUGCAACUACAUGGGCCUGCCCGACAUCGCAGGUGCCAUAGAACGCAACCCCAAGCGCAAGCUCUCGAUCGCCAUUGCCUAUCUCGCGGGAAUCGCUGGCUUUGUGUAUGGCCUCAAGAGGCUCUAA